AUGAUUUAUCCAUUACUAAUAUUGCUAAUUUUCUUAAAAUUCACUUCAUCCGAUGAUGAUACUGAGAUAACCACUGAGAGCGAAAGUUUCUGCAGAGAAAGAAACAGAUUAGUGUCGAAUGAUAAGGAUGAUUUGUACAACAUUGUUGAAGCAUAUGAACAAGAAAAAGUUUUAUUACAAUGUCACUUUUGCAACGAAAAUGACGACGACCAUCCAAAAAUUUGGUACAAACUGGACAUGAAAAACAGCAGCAUUAAACAUGAAGUCAAGUUGGGAAUGGAAAAUAACAUGACGUUGAACAGAAUCAGAGUAACACCGGAUCACACCCUUAUAAUAACGAACUUAACGGAACACGAUGCUGGUGAAUAUUUUUGUAGAGGUUUAGAUGGAGACGAAGUGGAAAACAAAUAUAACUUUUACAUUGAUGUAAUUGGUUUUAAUACAGUAAAACCUGAAAUCGGAUCAUUAUCUCUGUGGACGAAGUACCAAGAAGAAACAUUUGAACCGAUCAAUCGUUUAUUAACGCGUUCUACGACUAAAGAGUAUGACUAUUUGCGAUUAACUUUGAGAAUUUCAUUAGAGAUGGUCACUGAGUGGGAUGAGGCAGGUCCUUGCGAAAUAUGCGGUAAGCCGAAAGGUCAAGGAGAGCGCUCGAAAAAAGGACACUGCAAAUUAAAAGUCAGUCAAGUUGGGAAUAUAAAAAUCGUUGGUAAAAAUUACCAUGAGAAAUUGCUGCUAAGGGCUACACAUGUUUCGUGCAGGUCGAUGGCUUUAAAGUAUUUAGUUCCAGGAAUUUAUAACGGCACUAGCGUUGUCCCUGACUUCAUCGAAGUCGAGAAAUGCGAUGGACUUUGCAAUCCUGAUGCCGAGGGAGUUUAUAAAGGUUGGAAAUCUACCAAGAAGUCUGGAUUUAAAUACAAGAAAACAUUCGUGCUAGCAGAAGAUGCACAUCUUACUCUAAUUUGUCCUGACUCUACGUUGGAGAAUCAGGUAACUUGGAAAAUUAAUGGACAUACGAUAAAAGCUGGGGAAAGUGUCGAACCCUCAAACGUUGAGCCUAAAGUGACUGUAGAUACUUUUAAUACUCUAUAUUUGUAUGGAGUAACUAAAGAUGAGGAAGGAAAUUAUACGUGUUACGUCGAUGAAGUCAGAAUGCAACAAGUUCGGGUGUUCGUAGUGUCAAAAGCAAAACUGUUGACGCAAGCAUUUGUUAGACAUAUGAUGUAUUUGGCAUUUGUAUUAUCUUUAACACUCUCGUGUUAUUGCGCUGGUUUGAUUGUAACGUGGACGCGCAGAAGGAGAUUCAAAAGUUAUCAACAACUUCGUGAGGAUCUGAAGCGCGAGAACAAAUUGUUGGACGAGGACGAUGAGGAAAGCCCAUAUGAUGCGCCUCCUGAAAACACAAAUGUUGUGAAGACAUCGGAAACGGUGGAGCUAUUAGAUGAAAGGAGUAACAAGAAUGUCAAGUAUUAG